AUGGCGGAAGCAAAAAAAGGCAUGGUCCAUUCAUCGAUUACGAUGUACGAUCCCGCGAAGCCCAUUGUGUGGUUGCUAGCGGCGACGAUGAGCUCGGAGGAUGAGCAACGUGGAGAAACGCGACAAAUAGAAAGCGACAGGAAAUGUCAAUUGACUGCCAGCUGGGAAGGACGGCCCAGACCGCAAGUGCCUGGUCGGAUGCAAGGCAAUAUUGAAUGGAGAAUGAGAGGUCUGGACUCGCGGGGAGCAGAAGCGAUGACCACGGCUCGGAGGUUUAUAGUCAAUGUCGCAGUUUUCUCGAAAGCAAAGGGUGGGAAUUCGAAAGUAGUUAACGAUAUUCGCGGCGACGUGGGGGGUUCUUGUAGACCAUUGAUACGCAACAGUCAGUCGUCUCGUGGCGAGAGAAAAAAGAAAGGUAAAACCUCUGAACAGCAGGAGCCUAGACCGCGCGAAGCCGGAGUAUCCCGGAACAAAGGCCUAGACCUGUCUGGGCCACGUUGCAUCUAG